AUGCCUGCGGCGUACUUGAUCCGUUCGGUGAUCAUGGAGGAUACCUCCCUCUACGAGGACUCUAUCGUCCAUCAAGCAGACUCUUCUGAAUUACCUAGCCUCAACACGUCCUUUGACCGGCUACCACUUAAUGUGAUUGAGCACAUACUGUAUGCUUCCGAUGCCAAUACAUUUGCAUCAUUAUCUUUGUUAAACAGAAAAUGGAAGCAUGCGUCCGAUUCCGCGGCUUUGUAUGUCUAUCAGUUGUCAAAAUGUCCAUCAUUUUCCUGGGCUCGCGGGGUUAUUUCUGAGGCGGGAAACCUUAGUAAACUUAGGCGCCAAUUUGUCAAAGAGGUCAGGCAGAACGCUUUUGAUGCAUUUUUACGGCCCCGACAAACUCUCGUACGACUAAUUUCAAGUUCUAUGAGCUCGUCUACGGCGUUCCCACAGGGUGAAGUGUUUCGAUUCUCAUUUUCAGCAAAUGGUCAAAUGGUACUUUGCAUCAGCUCUUCUCGCAUUGCCAUACUAGACGUGGCCACCGAUCCAGUCGUCGUCAAGCACGAGCUUAAGACUCGAAGGCGGCCACUGGGAGCCACAAUCCGCAAUGAUGGCUCUCUCAUUGCUGUUUUGUCUUCUACACAUCGAGUUCAUAUCUACCGGCUCUCUAACGAUGAAGCCAAGCAUAUUCAAGUUAUCACACUGAAUGACGCUCCCAGGGACAUCAAAUUCUCUCCAGCAGGUAGUGUGCUAGCCUUAGCCUUUGAGGAUAGUAUUGAGGUAUACGCUGUGGGUGAAGAGGCUUUGCCAACCGACCGUCGGGCGGUGCGUUGUCUCCGUGUCGAUGCACUUUCAUUUUCCCCCGAUGGAGCGAUGCUUCUUGGCUUUAUGGCUGAAGGGAUCGUCACCAUCACUCCUCCUUUCUAUACUGAGACCGGAACCGACGCUUCACCCGAAGAACUCGAGAUGCGAAUGUGGACAACACAAAUUCUCUUUCCUGAAACAAUCGGUUGUCGUAUCACUCACGCCUCUCUUAUUGCUGGUCAUGAGCAAGGUGAUGACCACUGGGUUAUGGGAUAUGACAAACAAUUGGGGGCGUUUAGGGCGCUUCAAUUAAACAAUGAUGCGGGAAUCGUUUAUUUUGCCAGUCCAUUCUUCACAGACGAGUCUCGGGAAAUGCGGCCAAGCAUGAGACCGGCCACGGAUGAUGAGGGGGAGCUUUCUGCUUUGGGGUUCCAAGAUUCAGAACUAUGGAUAUAUGGGAUGCCUGGCCUGGGCACUAGUGAAAUCACUGGUACCCAGAUUGGUGGUGGUCAUCAUUAUGGAGGUUGCGCGCCUCGCGACAAUCUGGCACAGCUUCAGAAGAUCGUUCAACAACCUAAAAUCUUGAUCCGGGGGCGACGGGUGAGUGACAUGCACGGGAUCACAUCCGCUCAUUGGGUACACUCGGACCCAAGACGCCGCCGGAGACUCGUCGCGGUAGCGCCUGGUGGUGUGCGCCCACAGGUCUUUGGCGAAGAAGAUAUCCCUGUCGACGGUGGUCGAAUCCUUCUACUUGAUUUUGAGCGCUCUACCAUGAACGGCGAAACGCUUGAGCUUGAUAUUGAAGUCGGAGAAAUGCCACCCAAGAUUCUUAUGGAGCCGGACUCCUCCUUGGCCACGGAAGUUGAGCUUGAAAGAAGGCGAACACGACUACAUCGUGGCGAUACUGCUACGACAUUCGCAGACCUUGGUCAUUCAGCGAUUACUCGACAAUCCCGAGCUCUGCCGCUUCACUUCCGCCGUAACAGUCUUGCAGUUCCUACCUCGCCAAGCGAGAAUUCUCGAGGCGAUGUACUUGACCUUCCAUAUGACAAUACGCAGCCUCGUUCCAGUGAAGUUCUCCAUCGAGCUGCCACUGCGGCUGCAUCAACCCGGGGGCGAUACGACCCUCGAUAUCGUAAUUCCCCCAACCGUCGACACAUUCCCCAUGAGAGCGACGCCGAUAAUUGGGUGCCACCACCCCCUCCUUACAAACGUGAGACAGUGGACCCGUUGCCGGAUGAUCUACAGAGAAUGCUUCUCUCUCCAGUUAAUGUCGCCAAUUCUACCCUUCAGUCUGAAAGAGAAGAAACAGCUCGUGUCGCGCAGCAACCAAUCCGCCCACGCCCACAAUCUGUCAAUUUACAGAGACUAGCUCCUAUGACUGACGCCAGGCGCAGGGGAAAUUCCAUUGGCAGAGAUUUUAGCCCAGAACAAUUGGUUCACCAAGAUUCGUUCACAAACAACUUCUCACCAGAACACCAUGGAUCUGCUUCACAUCCAGCUACAACAGGAUCUCUAGCACAUCACCACCCAGCGAUCCAACCUACCACGCCUACAUUUGCUGUGUAUCCCGCCGAACUGCCUCCGCAAGAAACCAGCAUGCCUCUCCCAUACUUGAGGGCCUCGGCGCUGGGCGAUGCACUUGGAGAUGCCUACUUCCCAUACUCUGUAUCAUCACCAAACCUUCUCCACAUCCCACAGCCAUAUGAAGAUGGGCAGGCCACUGCAGCAGAUGAUGAGCAUGAGAUACCUCAGAGACAGCGGUCUUUCCACAGGCGGGUUUCAACCGAACCCACUAGCUUACCGCCACCAACAAACGAGGAAUGGCGCCGGCGCAUUCAGGAUUGGAACGAUAACACAAUUAAGGAGCGAGGUCGUAAGCGAAGGGGGAAGUGCCAUGUCAUGUAG